AUGCUCUUCGGCGAGGCACCAAGCAACUGGACCGCUCGCUGGCAUCCCGAGCCCGAAUCUCGCGGAACCUUCUCCAUACUCUCCACCUGCGUCGUCACUCUCGGUCUCUGCAUUUGGACGUCAGUCCACCUCAAUAUUCCAGCGGAGAGCCGGUCUCCGAAGCGGGCGUGUUGGGAUCCUAGAGGAUGGGUUACAAAGCAACAAUGGCGGAAGCUGGGCUGGCUGAUUCUGGGAAUACUGGCCCCUGAAAUGGUAGCAUUUACCGCGUGGGUUCAGAGACGAAAAGCCCAACGCUUCACCAAGGAUAUGCAGCAAUUGCUCGAGAAGAAAGCUCAAACACAGAGAGAUCGGGAGUCCGAAAAUCCCGAGGAUAUGGAGAUGAGUGCUGUUGACUCUACGGGACGGGAUCUGGAGGUCAGAGAUACUUGGACCUUGACGCACAGCUUCUAUGCUCUCAUGGGUGGCUUUGCCUUUGAUACAUCCAACCUUCAACCAGAUGAAAAGUUCCUCCCUGGUUCCCGCGAUCGCGUCGUGCUAUCUAAGGAUGGUCUUAUCUGGUUAGCCGAAUACGAACCUGAACUGCUCCCGGAUAUCUCUAAGGCAGACAUUCUCGACAAGAGCAAUGCCAGUCAGCUUGCCAAGACCAUCGUGUGUCUUCAGGUGGCCUGGUUCAUCAUUCAGUGUAUUUCUCGUUUGGCGCAGGGUCUCCCGAUCAGUUUAGUAGAGUUAAAUACAUUCGCCCACACAGUCUGCACCUUACUUAUCUACUACUUCUGGUGGGACAAGCCAUUAGACAUCGAGGAGCCAACAAAAAUUAGUGGCAAAAGCGUGCAGGGCGCUUGUGCCUGGCUUUGUUACUUUACCGAGUUCGACGGCCAACGAGAUAGUGAUUACCUGGAAUUUAUUAACAGUGGGAUUGAGCCUUCCCCAGUGCUCUGUCUUCGACAUGCAUCUUCUGGAAUAUUGCCGGACUCUACUACCAACGCUACCAACGACAUCGCCAUUAUGCAGAGUCGCGGUGUUCUGGGGAAAGGGGCAUCCUCUCACUUCAUCGACCAUAUCUACUCUAUUCCCCCCCCGACCACCGUCGCUGGUUGUUGA